AUGCUCAUUGCAGUCCUGGUACAACUCGCCCCUGAGAACAAACCCCUUCCCUCACCUGACCACUUGAGAUUGGCAGAAGCCAUUGGCCUUCGCGACCGGGUAGCUUCUAAAAAUAGAUGGUUUAAUCUCAUGAAGAAGUUCAGAGAUGGAGAUUUUGGAGAUAUGGGGGAUCUUAUCGCUUCGAGGGAACCUAAUGAAGCUGCGGCAAGGAAGCGACCAGUAGUCGAGGUACCAGUUGAGGGGUAUAUGGACGAGUCCGCGCCUUCUCCUACCAAGAAAGUCAAAGGUGCCCAGAAAGCGGGAAAAGGAAAAGGCAAGCAAAAGAAAGCUGUCAAGGAGGAGACUAGUGAGGAUGAGGUCUGAGAUUAUGCGGAAAGGGAGGCAGACGAGAGGAUGGGCGUACAGUCACUUGGUAUGCUGCGAGGAAUCCCAUGAUGGGUUAAUGCAUUUCGGAUAG